ACUAGAACCCUCUCGAUGCUGGUCUCGUGUGGUUACCGGCUCGGAUGGCAACCGGAAUAUUAUCGCCCUAUGUUCCUGUCUCCCGAGUAUAAAGCAUGCUUGCCUGUUGUCGUUGAACGGCUCUCCUUUGCCUAGUACCCUCUUUCCGACCAGGUGUCAAUUCACAUUCUUUCUAGGCCAUCGCGGUCUUGUCUCUCUACGCAGUUCUCUUUGCAUUCCCUCUGCUAUCCACUUCCGGUCUUUCCACGCCUGCUUUACUCUUUUGGUCCUGCAAAUAUGCUCAGCAAAUCUUUCGUUGCCCUCGCGGCCUUGUCCAUCUUGACCUUCUCCGAACCCGCUCUGGGUCGCAUGCGCUGGAUGGAGCGCGACGAUCGUGCCGUCCUUCUUAACCCCCGUCGCUUUGGCCAGGAGCACCCUGCGGUCAUCGACAAGCUCUCGGCCGCUUGCCCCGGCCAGGUUUGUGGUACCCUGUCUGGUCAGGCUAUUACCCCUCUCCUUGCUGCUCAAGGAGAGUGCACCCAGCAGGAUAUGGCGGAUGCCAUCAUUGAUGCUUCCAAGCAGUUUGAUGCUGCGACCCAGGCCAACAUGGUCGCUCUUGCUAAGGAGUAUCGCCAGGCAGAGAAGAAUACGCCCCCAGAUUUUACGACCAAUCCCCCCACGAACCGUAACUCCGUCUUCUGCCAGAAGGCGCCUAAGAACACGGAGCUCAAUGGUCUAGUUCAAGCUCAAGAUCCUGCCAACGACCCCAAUCUCUUUUUCGACCCUGCGACCAAGGCUUCCGUUAAGAAGGGCUCUCAGGCGAACACCUCUCCCUUUGGUGGUGCGGCUGCUGCCUCCUCUGGCUCAGCAGUGACCUCAGUAGCUGCAUCCGCUGCUACUUCGGCAGCGGCUACUGUCACCGCUUCUGCUGGCAAUGUUGACGCCGUGUCUGAUGUUUGUCCUACGGCGGUUACCGUUACAGCAAUCGUGACUGCUACUGCUGCCUCCGGCGCAUCGGCUGCAUCGGCUGUGACCUCUAGUGCCGCGGCUGCAUCAACUGCCGCGGCGGGUAGCAUUGGUAACUUUGGCAAAUGCACAGUUCCCCAGAUCGAGUUUGGUGUUGGCUUCGACAACCGCAAGGAGACCAGCUUUGAGCCUGUUGACAAGACCUCGUUCAACCAUGGCUCUGCUCAGAACAUCGACAUCAUCACCCAGUUCAUUUGUGAUACUUUGACCAACUCCUGCGCCGCCGAUGCGACUGCUAAGGCUACUUGUGCGUCUGCGAUUACGGCCUCCAAGGGUCAGGCCGUGAAGACUGGCGCUCAGGCUGAUGCUUUCAAUGCUGUCUUUGGUAUCAAAACGAACUUCGCUGCUGUCGCUGCCGUUGACGACCAGGGUAACGUCAUUGCCGGCACCGGGUCCGGCGCUGCCUCUUCUGCCUCUGCCUCUUCUGCCGCCGGAACAAGUGCCAGCUCUUCCGCGAGCGCCAACCAGGCUGCUACCACCACCGCUUCUUCUGCCGGUGGCAUUGGCAACUUCGGCAAAUGCUCCGUUCCCCAGAUUGAAUUUGCUACCGGCUUCGACAACCGCAAGGAGACCAGCUUCGAGCCUGUUGACAGGACUUCAUACGGCCACGGCUCUGCUCAGAACAUCGACAUCAUUACCCAGUUUAUCUGCGAUACCUUGACUAACUCGUGCGGUGCUGAUGCUACCGCAAAGGCGACGUGUGCGUCUGCGACAACUGCCUCGAAGGCCCAGACCCCCAAGACUGGUGCUCAGGCCGAUGCUUUCAAUGCGGUAUUCGGCAUCAAGACCAACUUUGCUGCCGUUGCCUCUGUCGAUGACCAAGGCCGCGUCAUUGCUGGAACUGGUUCGGGGGCUGCUGCUUCGUCUGCUUCAGUCGUUACGACCUCUGCGGCUGCUGCUGCCACGACCCCUGCCUCUUCGGCCGCGUCGUCUGCCAGCGCCGCUGCCACUAACGCUGCUGUAGCGACCAGCGGCAACCUUCAGACCUUCACGGGUGCUCUCGGUGGUGUCACUGCGCCUACUGUGACGGACCUCGGAAAUGGUUCAUUCCAUGUUGAUGGGAACUCCGACUUCAAGAACAAGCAGAAUGCCCUCGUUCGUUCGUGUGAUGUUCAGCACAACAAGUGCGCUAACGCUGCGAACUCGUCCGGCAACAAGGGUACCUUGACGGUCACUGCGUGCGGUGACCAGCAAACCCAGUGCAAUGCGGCGGCAUCUGCGUGAAGUCGUGGAUUGUGAAGAUAUUUAUGCUGUAGAGAUUUUUUUUACCUUUCCGUAAUUCGAUACCUGCACGUACCAAAGGAAUUUCAUCGCCUUCAUCGACAGAAAAAUCCGAUUGAAAAUUUGUG